AUGUAACGGGCCAUAAUGAGCGGUAGUGGGGAUGCAAAGCCCCCGAUUCUGAUUCUUUGAGUAUACUCAUCACAUUGAUUGCUACUUUUGGGGAUUCCAUCAGAAACAUCCUUGCGUGGAGCCAACUCAGCCUUUCUAGAAAUCAAGCGAUACUAGUUCCGUGUAUGCGUUGUUGGACAGCAAAAAUGUCAUUCUCCGUGCUUUCUAGGCGCUAAAAAAUAUCUUCGCGUCGGCAUCGAUUCAAGGACAAGGAUGCUGGGGAUUCGAGGAUUUGGACGAAUUGGACCGAGGGCGUCGGCUAUUGGAUGGAUAUUCUAUGGAGUACGUUCUUGGAUUGUUCGCUGUAUUUGUGAGAAAGGAGUUGUCAAGAUCAGCGAGCUUCGUAAAAUCUACCAGUCGACCGUCGUCAAGGAUAGAUAAGUUCAGUUCAGACCUCUGUCGGGAGUCUUGAAAGCUGUCAAUGAGAAUUUGCUGCAUUGGCAGGGAUGGAAUGCAGUCAUCCAAGACGAUCGCCUCACCUAUGUGAAUGUGAAGGGAGAUACACCGAAUGAUGUGAGAGCAAGCGAGACCGAGAGAACAUUGGCAAUUCUCAAGAAUAUUUAAUUUUUUGAUCUGCUCUCUCGUCCUUCUCUCAUCGAAAACCGCAUUUUUAGGCGUUUUCGUUCCAAAAUUCGGCACGACGCGUUCGAAAAACUUGGUCCGUGUGCUGUUCGCGAGCUUUAAUCGCAAUCAGACGCAGCUUUUCGCUAGAAACUGCUCGAGAUUACUACUAAGCCAUCGCCACAGCAUUAUGGAUCCUAAUUUGAGACCAGUAGCCGUCAAACGCGUGCAAAAACACUGGGACCAACCAAAAAAUGCGACUCCACCGCCUCAACUGACCGUCUACAAUAGUUUGACUCGUCAGAAAGAGGUUUUUGUUCCAAAUGAGGGAGCACGAGUUGGAUGGUACAUUUGCGGUCCGACGGUCAACGAUUCUUCGCAUAUGGGCCACGCUCGAUCCUAUCUUUCUUUGGAUAUUCUGAGAAGAGUCUUCAGGGAUUAUUUCGGAUAUGAUGUGGAAUUUAUCAUGAAUAUCACUGAUGUGGACGAUAAAAUCAUCAAAAGAGCUCGUCAAAGCCACCUGCUCAAGUCGUACUUCAACGAAUCGCUCCACCUGUGAUGAAAGUGUGCGAGGACGUUGUCGCCGCGCUGGAACAUUUCAAGACGAAAUUCGAAACUGAAAUGGAUCCGGACAAGAAGAAGAUGUUCGAAGUGAUGAUAAAGAAGGUACAGCAGUUUUGCAGGGUAUCUCUCCUUGACACGAGUUCGAUGGACCCCCGAAUCGGUUAUCUGGCCGUCUUGAAAGGGCGUGCAAUUGCUGCUGCUCAGGCCUCAGAACUCAACGCAUUCUAAGCUGCUGCAAACGACCUUCAUCGUAUAUCUGCACAAAUCGAAGCGGUUCAGCUCGAAGACGAUAUCCACGUAUAUGUUCCACCAAAUCAAAACGGGGUGUUGGAUCGAUUCCGCGAUGCACGACAAACCGCUGCUGGUAAUAAACUAGGUCAUCACAAAAUUUAAUACACUUUCUUACGGAGGCCGCAUUCGCAGCUUGUGCCGCAGCUGCUGGAUUCGCCCAUCAUGCUGAGCCAGCCCAACAGGAGCUCUUCUAUGCCGUUCGGGAGACCAUUUGUCAACGUAUACAAGCUAUGGAACCGCGCCGGGGCGGGCUAUAAAUGAAUCUCAUAUUCGAAUAAACAUUUGUUGA